CGCACGGAAAUUCGAAUUCCUUGCAAAGAUGGCCUUUGAUCUGUUAUUCGUGACAUUUUUCUACGUAUUUACAUUUUUCUACACGGACUAUUUGGUGAAUUUCCCGCAUUCUUACAUCGGCUUUUAGUUUAAUUGUAAUGGUUUAUCCGCACGCCUACCGAAUGGAGCACACCGAAACGAACACCUCGAAUAACAUGUACGGCCUGCACGCCAUUUCCCAGAGCAAGAAAAUCAAAAUACCCCCCGAGCUCCUGAAAUUGCUGCAAACCAUCGAUUCGAUGAAGGAGAAAUUCAUGCAAAACCUGGCCAAGGCGAUCGAAAUAAAGUCGGUGGGUCCGAAUUUGUUGUUCAGAAACGACGUGCAGAAGAUGGUGAUGUUCGUCGAGGAGUGGCUCAAGGUGUUGGGCAUGAAACACGAGGUGUUCAACAUCGGCACCUACACGGUCGAAGGCAAGAAGUGCCGAUUGCCGCCCGUCAUUCUCGCCAGUUUGGGCAACGAUCCCAACAAGAGGACUAUUUGCGCCUACGUUCACGUGGACGUCCCCGAUCCCAAGUUCCAAAAAUGGGACACGGACCCUUGGAAACUCACCGUCAAAGACGGCAAGUUGUACGGAAACGGUACGGGUUGCGGCAAGGGACCCUUGAUGUGCUGGCUGCACGCCCUCCUGACGUUCAAAAUGAACAAGAUGCCGCUACCGGUGAACUUUCGAAUGUGCAUCGAAAUGAUGGGGCACGCCAACAGCCAGGGCUUCGGCGCGUUUUGCAGCACCAAGAAGCAGGACUUCUUCAACCACGUGGAUUUCGUGGUGCAAAUCGACGGCGAAUGGAUCGGACACAAAGUGCCCUGCAUCAUCUUCGGUACAGUCGGUAAUAUCCACAUGGAGAUGACGAUGGAAGGCGACUCGAUCGAAACGAUGAAAUCGGACAUGAACACCAUCUUCGACAGCAUGGUGAACGAGCGAAUGGAAAUACAAAUACCGCACUACUCCGAUUCGGUCGAGCAAAUCGGCCCCGACGAGGAAAUGAUCUACGCGAAAAUCGACGAGUUCGAUCCCGAAGAGAUUCGCGAAUCGCUGCCGCCCCACAAGCGCUCUUGGGACAGGGUCCGAUUGUUGAUCAACAUGUGGCGCUUGCCCAGCGUGAUGUUGGACAAGAUCGAGGAGUGCACGUGCCCGAAUCGCGAGAAGAAGAUGAUCCGGAGGCACUUUAUCCUGAAGAUCGUGCCGCGACAGACGCUCGACUACGUCAAGGAGUUGGUGGUGAAGCACGUGCAGAGGAUCACCAAGGAGAAGAACUUGAAGAACAAGGCGAACUUGAAGAUCAUCUCGGCGGGCAAGCCUUGGGUGGAGAACAUCAAUUCGAGCUGUUACAGCACCGCGAAGAAGGCCAUUUUGCAGAUUACGAAGAUGGAGCCGUUUUUAAUUCGCGAGCAAGUUAGCCGGGAGACGACCAACGUGUUCGACAGCGGAUUGGAGAAGAAGCUGGUGAUUUUGCCGAUUUGCGCCAGAGGCUCUAAUUUGGGUCAAGCCAACGAGCAUAUAUCUUCCAGGUGCUACCAGGAGGCCAUUAAAGUACUGGUGGCUUAUAUGUUUCAAGUAGCUAGCUUGAAGACUAAGAAGAACGUUAAAGCGAAGAGCGAUAAACCGAAGAAAUGAGGAGAAAAAUGUGCAAGUUUUUCCUACAAGGUUUAUCCCAAUAGUUCCGAUAAUAAUGGACUGGAGAUAUGUUGGAAUUUUUUGGGAUAGAUUUUGGUAUGUGUGUGGUAUAUUUUUAUUGAUCUUUUAUAAGAAAUGUAUUUUAUUAAUAAAUAGUUUCUCUGGUA